GCACAGGAGGUGGCGGGGGGUUGUGCUCGCUCCUGCUCUCGCUCUGCUCUCUGACCCCAGUGGCAGCUCCGACUCACUGCACUCCGGCUCCCCCCUCCGUCAGACCGAGUCUACUCUCUCUCUCUCCCCCCUCUCUCUCUCUUGUCUGUCAGUAUCUCUCGCCCUCCUCUCUUCGGCUCUCUCUCUACCGCUCUCUCUCUCUCUCUCUCUCUCUCUCUCUCUCCCCCUUCUCGCUCUCUUGUCUGGUUUCUUUUCCACAGGAGCCAGCCGAGGUCCCGCCGGGUCGAAGGUUCUGCCCUACCCGCCCAGACUGCCGCAACCCCCGGACAGCGAACGUUCGAACCUCCCCCUGUUGCUGCCGCAUGGACCCGCGUCCCUCCACUACCUCCACCACCACCACCACCGCCGCCGCUGCUGCUGCUCCUGCCGCCGCUGCCGCCGCCACCGCCGCCGCGUAGAGGGCGACCCCGACCCGGCACUCUUUCUCCGGCCAGAUACAAAAAAAAAAAAAAAACCUAAAAAAAAAAAAAAAAAAAACAAACCCCACACACGACGAAGGAGGUCUGGUAUAAAAAAGCCUGUCAAGCCCACAGUGGCCACUUUACUGUCAGUCAGGGAGGUCAGACAAGGAAGGGAAGCUCAGGGUGCAAGGAGACACACAGCGAGCAGCCCGACUGCAGUGUGUCGUGGUCGAGUUGGUUGCCUGGGUCGCUGCUGCUGCUGCUGCUGCUGGCUGGGAGACUUCCUGGGCUUCUUGAGCGGCCCUGAAGGAUGACCGCUGCACGGCUCGUUGCUGAAUCCCGGUGAACGAACGGCGUCUCAUGUCCAAACGGCGGAAGGAUGGCUCAUGGCAAAGUGACCAUCACGGUGGACGAGUACAGCUCCAACCCCACACAGGCCUUCACACACUACAACAUCAACCAGAGCCGCUUCCAACCUCCACAUGUCCACAUGGUGGACCCCAUUCCUUAUGACACUCCCAAGCCAGCAGGACACACCAGGUUUGUGUGCGUGUCAGACACACAUUCGCGUACAGACGGCAUCCAGAUGCCCUACGGCGACGUGCUGCUGCACAUGGGUGACUUCACCGAGCUGGGCCUGCCCUCUGAGGUUAAGAAGUUCAACGACUGGCUAGGUGGCCUCCCGUACGAGUUCAAGGUGGUGAUCGCUGGGAACCACGAGCUGACCUUUGAUAAGGACUUUAUGGCCGAGCUGGUCAAGCAGGAUUACUACCGUUUCCCCUCAGUCUCCAAACUCAAACCAGAGGACUUUGACAAUGUCCAGACGCUCCUCACAAACUGUGUGUACCUGCAGGACUCAGACGUCACCAUAAAGGGAUUCCGGAUAUACGGGGCGCCAUGGACUCCGUGGUUUAACGGCUGGGGGUUCAACCUGCCUCGGGGUCAGUCUCUGCUGGAUAAAUGGAACCUCGUUCCCGAAGGCAUCGACAUCCUGAUGACCCACGGACCUCCGCUCGGUUUCCGAGACUGGGUUCCCAAGGAGCUGCAGCGGGUCGGCUGCGUGGAGCUGCUCAACACGGUCCAGAAGAGGGUGCGACCCAAACUUCAUGCCUUCGGAGGCAUACACGAAGGCUACGGGAUCAUGACAGACGGCUACACGACGUUCAUCAACGCGUCGACCUGCACCGUCAGCUUCCAGCCCACCAACCCCCCCAUCGUGUUCGACCUGCCCAACCCCUCCAGCUCCUGAGACCAGAGGAACGUGGGGGGUGGGGAGGGGGUGCGGGAGAAAGGGUUCACGGGGGGGGGGCAGAGGACAAACUACUUUUUGUUUUUCUAUAAAUAUGUCAAGUUUAAAAAAAAAAAAAAAAAUUCUAAGUGUUUCUUUGCAAACUUUUUCGUCUUCUCCGAGCUGUCGUUUGGGAUUGAGAAGAUUUGGAGAGGUGGGGCGGGGUGGGGAGUUCGUCUGGGAGGGUUAAAGGAGAAUACCGGUGAUUUAUUUCUUUUUCUAUUUGUGCCAACAAUGCUGGUUCGCCCUCUCAGACUUUUGUUCUUUCUGCACACACUCGGCGUAGUUGCAGAUAUCAGGAGCUUCGAUCUGAAAAAUAAAACGUCCACAAAGAUUAAUCCAUGAAGAAACUUUGUGUUUUCAUCCGGAUUUUUGUGAUGCAGAGCUGAGCAGUUUUUCUAUCGGUGCUAUUCAACGUUACGGUCUGCUUCCUGUUAAUCACCACAGGAAGAAAUGGAAAACUCAUCCAGGAAACAAUCCCUCAAAAAUAUGUUGCCUUAGUGCAGAAUGCCAGAAGAGAGCCGGUUUUAUUUUCUGCAUCUUGACAAAGAUAAUUUCAUUUCUUUUGGACAAUUUCAUGAUCACAGAAAAACAAAACGUGAGGGAUAUUUACACUCUCGUCCUCCACGGCCUUCCCUAUCUUUAGUACCAUCACAUCUGCGUGCGUUUGGUUUAUAUUUAAACAAACAAGAACAUUUAAGUCUAAAUAAAUGCCGAAUGUGGUGCAAAGAUUUCUGACAGGGGAUGUAAAAAUGAGCUACGAGUGGCACCGGUAUUCUCCUUUUUUUUCAGAGGGAUUUUGUGGUUAAACAAUCUUGCUCUUGAUAAAUAUUGGUCAGAUCUGUAAGAUAAAUGAUGCUUUGUGAAUUUGUACAAUUUCUCUAUGUUUGGUUUGCAUUGGCCGGACAAUGGAUGCCAUUGUUUUAUGUUGUAUCAUCUGAUAUUUUGUGUUUUAGGUCUCUUUUUUUUUUGUUUGUUUUCUCGUCAGUUCUUCUUUUCUUAUUGGCUGACAGGGACGCUGCCUUAAACUAGCUUUAAUGUUCUCAGCUAGAGCCCCACUCUCUGCGAGCUCAGAGAAAAAAAGUCCUUAUUUAUUACCCAUCAUCCCCGCAAAAAAAACACCUGACUAACGCAGGGACAGAAAGCUAUCAAAUUGCAACCUGAAAAAAUUUAACUUUGUAACAUCCCAUUAUGGACUUCUGAUCUAAUUUGGAAAAUGUAUGUAUAAAAUAUAUAUAUAUAUUAUAUAUUCAUGUUGUAAAACAUCUGUACUAAAAGUUGUGUUUGACGAAAAAAAUAAAAUCUGGUGCUUUUUUUUUUUUUUUUUCUCCUGUAUGCACCUGAUGUAUGAUUGACAUGUUUCUUUAAUCCUCCCAUCAGACGCUCUUCAGAGGUUUCUUUCAUGUCUUUUGUAACUCCCAGUAGGGCAGACAUUCAUUUUGGAUGAGAGAGGAAAAAUUUGUCAGAGUCACAAUCCAAACAGGUGCUGUUUGUUCCCAACAACACACCUGCCUAAACAUGGUUAAGUUGUCCUCUUUUUAAAGUGUAAAUCUGAUAGUAUUUGUGUUUUAUUGCUUUUUUUUCUCUCCUAAUUUUGCACUGUGUGUAAAUGCAAUCUUGCUAGCACAAAAAAAAAUGUUGCCAAUAGUUGUCUCAACUUUGCCGCUGUAAAUGCUCUUUCCGUGCUCUGUUCCUCUCUCGCUCUUUCUCUGAUUGUAUCCCUCUUCAUGGAAAUGUUAGUUCUCUCUUUCAGUUCAUUGUGAUAUAUUUAGCUGCCUUUAUAUGCAAAUAAAAUUGCAAGAUUUUUA